AUGGCGACGUCGGAGGCACCGUUGCUCAAGCGCACCGCGGCGACGUUGAGCGAUGACAUGGCGGUGAACUAUAAGCUCUUACAUAGUCCAAAGUUUCGAGCGCUCGUGGUGGAGAACGUGCUCUCCGUCACGGCGUUUGCGUUCAUGGCGAGACAGACGGAGAGUCUGGCGGGACCGGAGAUGGAGACUUUGAACAAUUGCGGCGUCAAUGGGUGUGGGUUUACGAGUUUCUAUCAGUUCAAGGGUGUGGUCGGCGUCUACGCGGCGUUUUGGGUGUACACCGUGUUGCUGAUCGGGUUGUAUCUCUUCAGUCGCGGCCCGCCGCCCGGGACCGAAUUCGUCGUGCACGCGUUGUUCACGCUGUGCAUGAUCGCCUUCGUCUCUCUGAGCGUCAUAUCGUGUACGUCCACGGUGAUCGAAUCGGAUUACUCCGUGUGCAAGAACGCGGCGUACGCCAAGGCGUCCCUCGUCUUCGCCGCGCUCGUCGUCGUCCUCAACUGCGCCACGUGCGCCUUUGUCUUCAAGCAGUGGCGAUCGUUACAGUUCGUGGGCAUGCCCGAGAACUUCCGUCCGUUCGGUCGGCACAGGCACAAACAUGGACACCACGCCGGUGACGCCGACGACGCGAUUCCCACCCAUCCGUAG